UGUGAGCAGACUGAAGAUGUGGCAGCAGACUCAGAGUUUCUGUCUGGUUCUGUCAGUGAUCAUCACAGGGUCUCUGUCGGUCCCUUGGAGCAUGGCAGUCUCUCCGGUUGUCUUUGUCCCCAGAGGACAGGACGCCGUCCUCAGCUGCUCCUUCACCCAUCCCAGACAACAGCACUACUCGGGGACGAUCACUGUUAAGUGGCUCGCCAGAGAAUCCAAAGCGCCGCCGUUCUUCCGCUGUACAGUUAAGAACGACUCCGUGGGAGGAAUCAACGACUGCGGGGCGUCCGGACUCAAAUAUUCUCUGGAGGGAGAUCCUCGAUGGGGGGAGCUGUCUCUGCUCAUCAGGAAGGUCCAUCUGGAGGACAACGGGACGUACUUCUGCAGGGUGGAGCUGCAGGGUUUGUGGAAACAAGACCAGAAAGAGACGCAGCUUUAUGUUACAGCUGAACCCCAGAUCUCGAGCCUCUCCGUGGUUGAGACGAGCUCAGACGGCGCCCCCCGGAGGCUGCAGUGUGAAGCGGAGGGCCACCCGCUGCCCACCGUCAGCUGGCUCUCAGCCUCCGGGGCCGCGUUGGGAGACCAGGUCCAGACCUCCAUGGUCGGCUCGUACCGGCUGGUCAGCUCGGUGCCGUACCUGGAGGGGGAGGUGCUCAGCUGCAGGGUGGAGAACAGGCUGGGAGCAGCAGAGCGGAGGUAUCCAGCCAGUAACACUCUGAAGAUAACUCUGACUGUGUGUGGGCUCAUCGUGAUGCUGCUGCUGUUGACAGGACUCGUCUUCUACAUGAGGAGCAGAGCUCGGGUGGAGUCGCCUCCAGUUUAUGAAAACACUGCUACAGUUGGAGCCAACCCGUCUGCUAUUUAUGGAAACGCUGAUGAAGUGGAGAAUCAUCGACUGCAGAGCUCCGACUGUCCCGCUGAGGGCGACGUUGAGCUUCAGCUGGUUUACUCUGCCCUCAGUUUGCCCGGAUCCACUUCCUCUCAACAUGCUCGUUUCAAAAGCCAGCAGGAGGAAACAGAUAUUGCUGCAGGCGUCCUCUACUCUCCUUUGAACGUUAAGCAGUGAUUGAGUGUUUCCUGAUAGAGACCACACCUCUACAGCUUUCAGCCUCACACACUCCACCAUGAUGAGGCCAGGACAC